GGCGGGGCCGGUCCGGUGGGAGCCGCGGGCGCGCGCAGCAGCCGCCGCCGCCGCCGCCGCCAUGGGCUGCACCGUGAGCGCCGAGGACAAGGCGGCCGCCGAGCGCUCCCGCAUGAUCGACAAGAACCUGCGGGAGGACGGCGAGAAGGCGGCGCGGGAGGUGAAGCUGCUGCUGUUGGGUGCUGGCGAGUCUGGGAAGAGCACCAUUGUCAAACAGAUGAAGAUAAUCCAUGAGGAUGGAUACUCAGAGGAGGAGUGCCGGCAGUACAAAGCUGUGGUCUACAGCAACACCAUCCAGUCCAUCAUGGCCAUCAUCAAGGCGAUGGGGAACCUGCAGAUUGACUUUGGAGACUCCUCCAGAGCAGAUGAUGCUCGGCAGCUGUUUGCGCUCUCCUGCACUGCCGAGGAGCAGGGCAUCAUGCCUGAGGACCUGGCCAACGUCAUCCGGAGGCUGUGGGCUGACAAUGGGGUGCAGGCGUGCUUCAACCGCUCCCGAGAGUACCAGCUGAACGACUCAGCUGCCUACUAUCUGAACGACCUGGAGAGGAUAGCCCGUGCCGACUACAUCCCCACCCAGCAGGAUGUGCUGCGCACCAGGGUGAAGACCACCGGCAUCGUAGAGACCCACUUCACCUUCAAGGACCUGCACUUCAAGAUGUUUGAUGUGGGUGGCCAGCGCUCAGAGCGGAAGAAGUGGAUCCACUGCUUCGAGGGAGUGACAGCCAUCAUCUUCUGCGUGGCCCUGAGUGCCUAUGACCUGGUGCUGGCUGAGGACGAGGAGAUGAACCGCAUGCAUGAGAGCAUGAAGUUGUUUGACAGCAUCUGCAACAACAAGUGGUUCACAGACACAUCCAUCAUCCUCUUCCUCAACAAGAAGGACCUCUUCGAGGAGAAGAUUGUGCACAGCCCCCUGACUAUUUGCUUCCCUGAGUACACAGGGGCCAACAAAUACGACGAGGCAGCCGGCUACAUCCAGAGCAAGUUUGAGGACCUGAACAAGCGGAAGGACACCAAGGAGAUCUACACCCACUUCACCUGUGCCACCGACACCAAAAACGUGCAGUUCGUCUUUGACGCCGUCACCGACGUCAUCAUCAAAAACAACCUGAAGGACUGUGGGCUCUUCUGAGGGCCGGCGCUGCCCAGGACCCCGGUCGUGCCAGCAAAGGAAGGACCAUGCUGCCCCCCCACUCCUGCUUCUCUUCGGUUUCAUCCCUCUGCCCUCACCCCAUAAAGAGACUUUUUGGUUGUCAGUGUGGGGACAGGGCCUGUGUAUCUCCCGCCAUCCUCCUUCUCACCGGCGUCACCCCUCCUGGGGAAAAAGAGGUUUUAAUCUUGGUUUUUAACCCCUGACCUGCUCCAGUUCCCACCCCCCCAUCCCCCCUGGUUAUUCGCUCCUGAGCCCUGGCGCUCUCAGUGUUUACAUUGCAAGUGUUGCUGGCACGGGGGGAACAGGGGGGUCCCCUUGGGACCACCCACCCGGCCGAAAACACGACCGAUGACAUUCCUUUUAGUAAAUCAGAAAAGAAAGAAAAAAGGGAAAAAAAACCCCAAACCAAAAUGCCACCCCCAAGCCCCCCGGAACUGCAAAAACAAAACAAACCACGCCACACCGGCUGGGACCAGGUUGCUUUUUAAAGACAACUUUUUACCAAACUAUUUAAAAGCAUCAAGUGCUACGUGGUGGCCAGCCCACCCCCAACCGUGUGCCUUGGGGGGGGGGGGCCUGCACCCCAGCCCCCCUCGUUGCCUCUCGCCCUGCCUCCCCAAGGGAGGGGCAGCCCCUGGCAGGCAGCGGCUGGGCAGGAGGGCGGGCAGGGGGAUGCUGCCCGCUGCCUGUAUCCCCCCCCUCUUCUUUCUAAGCCUAGUUCUGUAGGGCUAGCUGUUGCUGUACAGAGUGGCCCCUGCUGUCACCCCUCCCAAGCCUGGGGGGGGCCCCCUCAGCCGGUGCCCAUGGCCUUGCUUUACCCACAGGAUGUUUUACCGAAUUCU